UUUGAAUUCAGUCAGUUCAGUUCAGUUCAGUUUGAGUUUAAAACUUGUUUAGAUUUCAUUUCAAUUCAGUAAUGUAAAUGUAAUAUUUAAUAAUUUAGGUUUAGGCUAGACAAAUAUGAAAGAAUUUACAACGAAAGUGAACUGUCGGAAAAUGAUUCCAAGGAUCAUUUUUCCAUUGGAUAUAUUUUCUGUCGGUUAUUAAAAUAAUUCUGACGAAUGCAGUUUUUAAAAUUAUGUCGGUAGUAUUUCUAUUAGAAACAGCCAAAUUAUUAUCAUAACAUUUAUUAGACCAGUUUUGGAGGUUAAGUUUAUAAAUGUAUACUAUACGACAAGAAUCAAUUCUAUCUUAACAGAUUCCGUUUGACUGUUAAUGUAGAGAAUGCAACAGGUAUGUGAAUUUAAAUCCAAAAAGGUGAUGUAGGCUAUCAUUGUUUAAUUUAUUUUACAUUUCCGGCUGCAGUUUAAUAAGAGGCCAUCACCACAAUAGAAUCAUAGCGAAGUACCACAAUGUGUGAUACACCAGUUCGGCAUGAUGAAGUUCCCUUCACGAGAACCAGCCUUCGUUCCAGGGUACUGAUCGCAGCUGGUAAUAACAGAGCAGCAAAAGAGAAAUUAAUAAGUGCUACUGCUAUACCAGAACGGAAGGAAAACAGAAUAAGAAAAAUUCACUCGCUAGUAGAACCAAAGGAGCAAAUCUGUGUUGCAGUAGAGAAGGAUGAAGAUAUGAAUUCAGUAGCAGGCAGUAAUGCAUCUCUAAUUGCAAUGGAUCAAAAUGACAUUGAGUUGGCAACUCCAUGUGAUAAUAUUAGACCACUUAGGCCAAAAACUAUUCACAUGGAGGAGGAAAGUGUUAUGGAUUUCCAAAAACACUCUACUCCAAGAGCAAAAUUCCCAGUGAGAGCUGUGUCUUCCACACCCAACCAAGAGACAUUCAAUGGCAGUAAAUUGGCAAGAAAUGUUGCUACACAGACAAAAUUUACCCUAAGUACUAGAGAUAAAGAAGAACUGAGUGAUGAUUUGAAAUCUUUCUGUAGUAACAUGGAGGUAUCAUUGGAAAAGAAUAAUCAGAUUUCAGAUUCCUCUCCAAAUUCUUGUGCUAUGUCAGUAUCCGAUUCCUCAUCUCCCUUAAGAAAUUUUUGCUCAAGUAGAUUGGUAAAUGAAAAGACACCAGUAUGGAAAAACCAAAGAAAAUUAAGUCUACGUUCCAAAACAAUGAUUUGUUCAGCAAUUGAAAAAACAAAAGACAAGCCCAGUAAUAUUUUUACAAGGCACAAAAGUGUAGAAGAAAGAAGUUUAUUUUCAAACACAUUUUCACUGAUGCCACAACUGCGAACACCUCCACAGUGCACUGAAAAAGUACUUCACAAUCCAUUUGAAAAAGGCCUCACUGAAAGACUUGGAAAAUCGGUGUUUAGCCCAAAUGUGUUUGAAAAUGUUAUGAGUCCUAGCGAGGACUCAGAGUAUCUUCGGUGGACGAUAGAAGAUAUAUCUUCCAUAAACCCUGUACCUAUUGAAGAAGACUUUACUCUUCCAUCAGAUGAUGAAGAUCCAGAAAGAGAAAGUCAGGUACAACAAGAAAUAGAAAGAUAUUUUUCAGAAACGCACAAUGUAUUAAGUCCACAUGAUGUGUCCACUCCAUCAAAGUCUCAGAAAAUGAAAGAAAAGAAAGUUCAUGUGGGAGCCACAGCAUCUACACCUCAGAAGAUCAUCAGAGACACUGUGAAAGAAUUGACGAGUGCCAGCAUUCAGACUGAUCUGAUAUUACCUGAAAUCCUCCCAGACAAGUUAGAAGAUAGUUUAAAAUCUUAUUUUAAGAUCUUUCAAGAUGAUGAUUUUAAUUUAAGUGCAUCAAAUUUACGUAGAAAAUUAUUUUUCCACUCUGAAGAUGAACCUCCCUCUCCUGUGAGGUUUGAGUUUUGUUCAAGUCCAGUGACGUCUGGCCAGUGGCAAAAUGAGCAUUCACCAUUUGCAUCUUCCAAGAAUGAAAGACAUUUUACUCCAGUUACUCGCCAUGAAGAUCUCUCGUCACCAGAAAUUUCUCCAGUUGUUGAUGAAUCCAUGAGUAUCAGAAUGAAGAAUAAUUCAUUAUCAAAUUGUAAAAAGACUCUGCAUUAUUACUUCAAUGGAGACUUGAAUACCCACAUUACAAAGGGCAGUUCGUGUGGAGAACCUGUAGUUAACUCGACGGUCAUUAUGAACACUGUAGACUCGGACCGGCCUUGUGACAUGACCUUGGAUUGUAGUAUAGGAGCGUCAUCUGUAUUGCCCUCCAGUCAAGACACAGGCUACCAGACCGAGGACAGUUGUCCCUACCAUCACAGCCCACACAAACUGCUCUCAGCAUCCACCCCAACCCGCCGAUAACAUUACAAUUAUCUUGUAAUUAGAGAUAAGCUGAGUUGUUAACUUUUCAGAAAGUUUUUCUUUCUUAAUAUAAAUGAAACUAGUUCAAAUGUUAAAAACAGAAUGUAAAAGUGUUUUAUCACAUUUAGUGUUAUCAUUUCUUUUCAAUUAUACUCAAUCACGCUCAAUUGAGAAUCAAUGUUUGUUAUGAUCAUUUGUUGUCUCACUAGUUAUUAAAUUAUUGUCUUAAUCUUAUAAGUUAUUAUGUAUUAUUUGUUAUUUAGUUAUAUAGGCUUACUGACAGGAGUUCAUGUUAUGUGAAAGGACUGACAAUUUAGAUUUCGCGAUUACUUGAUAGGGUGUGAAUUAGUUUUCAAUUAACACAAAAUGGAUUCAAUUUAUUUCACAAUUUUAUUAACAAUGUGCUGUAAACAUAGAAAUUUAAAUGUUAUUUAUUGAAAAUUUAUAUGAUGACUAAAGAUAUGUUAAAACCAUGAGCAGCUGAUUGCCAGCAUUAUAUCAGCCUUCUUUGUAGGGAUGUUUUACAAACAUGUUAAAAAAUUAAUAGAGGGAAACACAUUAUUAUUUUGUCCUUGAAAAUGUUAAGUUUAACAUAAGACUGAACAGUAAUAUUUUAAGAACAAAGCUGCCAUU